CACCAACAAAGCAAAACAAAACACAUGGUAGUUUGUUCGUCGGUGUGAAACUGUGAAGAAGUGCAUUUUAUCCCGUUAUUUGAUUAAAUUUGGCAUAUAUAUUAAGUAAAUUACAUGAUGAUAUAUGUGACAACAUAAAAUUAGUCUGCACAGCUAUUAGCCGAUUCCAGUUGCAAGACAGAUUGAUUUAGACAAAUGGAUGGGAAACCUACGUUCCUUGUUUUGCAAUAGUACUACAAUCAACUUACACAAACGCCAUUCGACUGAAAGAAGAAUCGUCAGUGAUCCUGUGCGUCAAGCAAUGUGAUUACUCCACACGAAUGAAAUACACCCGCUACAGAACACACUAUAUCUCUCGUACAAUUAUCUUAAAUAUUGUGUGAAUAUUGCAUUACAAGAUAUCAAUCCCUGACAUGACAUUAACUACAAUUUCUUCCCGAGGUCUCAUUGGACUUCUAACGACGCAAGCCGUAGUUCCAACAACGACGACCUUCUUCGCCUCAAAGUUGUCAUCAUUGGCUCAAGUGGUGGGAGGACGUCAGGGAAAACUACUUAGCACUACUAAAGCUCUUCUUCUGACACAAUUGCCACAUUAUAAUACUCGACGGAACAUUCGCAGCUCCUCAUUUCCUUCCAGACCUUUGUCCGACCAACAACGCCGAGCUAAAAAUUCAGCCUUCUUCUCAUCCUCGAUCCGUUCAGCUCCAACCAUGGUGCAAGAUUGGGACAUGAAUUUGGACCCCGUGCAGAAGAAGCUGCUGGAAGAAGAGUGCAUCGUGCUAGAUAAGGAUGACAAGGUGAUAGGUCACGACUCUAAAAAGAAUUGUCAUCUCAUUCGCAACGGGGAUGUAUUGCUACAUCGGGCUUUCAGCGUUUUCCUCUUCAAUACGAAAGGCGAACUACUGCUCCAGCAAAGAUCCAAAACCAAGAUAACGUUCCCCAACUUAUGGACGAAUAGUUGCUGCAGUCAUCCACUCUACGUUUCGGAUGAAAUUAUUGAGAAGGAAGCUCUCGGAAUUAAGAUUGCGGCGAAGCGUAGGAUGGAAUUCGAACUAGGAAUUUCUCCUGAUGCGAUCGACAUUUCCGAUUUCCAUUACCUCACUCGAAUCCAUUAUAAAGCCUUGUCCAACGACAUGUGGGGCGAACAUGAGAUUGACUACAUCCUCUUUUUGCAGAAAGAUAUCCAACUGAAACCCAAUAAGGAGGAGGUUUCUGAAAUUCGAUACGUGAAUUUGGACAACAUCAAGAAAAUGUCAGAAAUUGAAGGGGUCAGUCUGACACCGUGGUUUGAGUUGAUUUACAAAACUUGGCUUCCCCUCUGGUGGAAUAAUUUGAGUAAUUUGGCAAAAUUUGAUGAUCAUAAGGUAAUACAUCGCAUGUAAAUGGCGAGGGGUGCAAAAAAUAAUUUGCAUCUUUGACGUCAUAAGAUUUUAAUAAAAAUUUAAGAAUUAGGAUGAUUUUAUAAUAUGAGUCUAUGUAUCUUAUACUUUAUCAGUAUUUCAAUGGUGGAAAUUAAGGCAUUUCUUGAAUAAAAGUAUUGUAAAAUAAAAUAAA